AUGGAAGAACAACCGAGAUAUAGAAAUCGUAAAGGAGUUCUUUCUCAAAAUGUCCUUGCUGUUGUUGAUUUUGAUAUGAAAUUUCAAUAUGUGCUUAGUGGAAAAUAUUACAUUGUUGAUGAAGGCUAUGCAAAUACAAAGGGCAUUCUAGCACCUUAUCGUGGUGCACGAUAUCAUUUGAGAGAAUGGAGCCAAACACAGGCACCACAAAAUGCUCGUGAGCUCUAUAACUUGAGACAUUCAAAACUUCGAAAUGUCGUAGAGAGGACAUUUGUUGUUUUGAAAAAAAGAUUUUCUAUAUUAACGACUCCUCCUCCGUAUUCCAUCAAAAACAAGGAUUCAUAUUUUGAAGAACACAUGGAAGAGGAAAUAGAAGAUUCUCACGGUUUGAAUGAUAUUGACUCAGAUUCUGAUGAAGAUGACAUUGGACGAGGACCGACAGAUACUAAUAAACAAUAUAUGUGCAAUCUGAGAGAUGAAAUAGCUCAACAAAUGUAG